AUGCUGCCAUACCUAAUUGAGACAUUUAACACGAAAGGAUGUGAUUACGGGCGGAACAUAAAACUGCGCAUUAUUUCGGAGACCGGGCGACUUAAAAAUAGAGACGCUGGGGUGGUGCGGUGCGAUUCCCCGUUCGGUUAUGCCCGCACACGUCCCGACAUAAUGACGGCGCACGAACGGAUUUCACGCUCUCGAAUGGCGGUCAACGAGGCGAAAAUGAACAUUCUAGAAAAAGAAAACAAC